AUGGACCGAUUUGUUGAUAAAACAGUUGAUGUCCUAACAAGAUUCGGUGAACAUCUUGAACGACGCUUUUCAAAUGACCAAAGUGAUAAUACAUAUAUAAGAUCGUCAAGUUCAAAUAUUCUGUAUCCAGGUGAUAACUCCGCUUUUCAACGUCCUUUCGACGAUAAUGAUCGGAAAAGUGACAUAUACUCAUCGCAACGACGCAAUUUAAGUUACGGUGGUGCAAGAAAAUAUUCUUCGGAUAAUUUAGUAGCUAGUCCCGGGUAUGAAAGUUUCAGUAAUUAUCGACAAAAUCCAAUGGCGAAUACACAUAUGGAUGAUGUAGAUAGAGCACUAUACGGACAUCGUAUUGACGGUCGAAGAAAACAGCGGCAUAACUUAAAUUACGGUGCCUAUCCAGAAGUGUAUACUACAGAUCCAUCAUCGAAUUCGCCGUACGGAUUACAUUCAGGCAAUGUAGGUUAUGCUCCUAACUAUUAUAUUGCAGAACGUCGAGAAGUCGAAUUAAUCCCCGCUCCUGAACCACGUAUUAUACGACAACAAGUACCAGUUCCUUUUCCAGUUGAUCGUCCCGUGCCUCAACCUUAUCCCGUUGCUGUACCAGUACCCUAUCCAGUUGAUCGACCUGUCCCUGUACCUGUAGCAGUUCCAUCACCACCAGUUUGUGUCCCUGUUCCAACACCUACUCCAUGUUAUGUACCUGUUGCUGUUCCUGUCCCAUCACCACGAGCAAGUCCUGUCAUCUUUGAACAGUCAGUUACUCAUUCUCAACGUUGGAUUACUGGAUCGCCAGUCAUGAUGAAUCAACAACGGUAUGCUGUUGGUACACCAGUCAUGAUGAAUCAACAACGGUAUGCUGUUGGUACACCAGUCAUGAUGAAUCAACAACCGUCGGCUGUUGGUACACCAGUUAUGAUGAAUGGACAACCGUAUUUUCCUGGUUCACCUGCUGUGGGUAUGAAUGGAUAUGCGUCAUAUGGCAAUGGUUCGUUCCGUCGUUAA